UCCUCCUCCUCUUCUUCCUCUCCCCCUCCACUUUCCUCCUCUCCUACAGUCUCCCACCCACCCCGGGUUCUAGAGUUGCCAGGAGUCCCAGCAGCUGCCUUCUCUGACGUCCUCAAUUUUAUCUAUAGUGCCCGAUUGGCAUUGCCUGGUGGUGGUGGGGAUGGAGCAGCUAUGGCAGAAAUUGGGGCUUUGGGUCGGCGUCUGGGUAUCUCACGACUUCAGGGUCUUAGUGAAAGUGGGGAUGCUUGGGUUCCCCCAGCCCCAGCACCCCCAGCCCCAGUCGAGAUUGAUAGCUUUACCACUGGGCCUUCGAAGGAGUGGCAAGGGAGUGGAAAUGAAGUCUCUACAGUUCAGACUUCCCUUCCCCGGCGGUCUCUUCCCUGCCCUCGCUGUGGGAAAAGUUUUAUCCAUGCUAAACGACUGCAGACACAUGAGGCACAGUGUAGGCGAGGGACAGGGACCCGGGGAACAGUAAGUGGGCAAGGGAAUGGGGGGUCCCAGGAAGAGAACCCAGAAGGGAUCCGAAAUUCAUCUGCUUCCCCCAGUACAAGUUUCCGGGGGGGUCCAGAGCAUGUGGUAAAGGUGGUGGGGGGUCAUGUGCUAUAUGUAUGUGGGGCUUGUGAACGCUCCUAUGUGACACUCUCAAGUCUGAAGCGGCACAGUAAUGUGCACUCGUGGCGGAGAAAAUAUCCUUGCCGCUACUGUGAAAAGGUGUUUGCCCUGGCUGAAUACCGGACCAAGCAUGAGGUGUGGCACACUGGGGAACGGAGGUACCAGUGCAUCUUCUGCUGGGAGACCUUUGUCACCUACUACAAUUUGAAGACACACCAGCGAGCCUUCCAUGGUAUCAGCCCAGGCCUCUUGGCUAGUGAGAAGACCCCAAAUGGUGGCUACAAACCCAAGCUGAACACCCUCAAGCUAUACCGCCUUCUUCCUAUGCGAUCUGCCAAGAGACCCUAUAAGACUUAUAGCCAAGGGGCACCCCCUGCCCCUGUUUCUGCCCCUUUGUCACCAGAACCCACACCAUCUGCAACAACUAUCCCCCCACUCCUCCCCACAACACCACCCCCACCACCUGUCCCUCCUCCACCUCCCACCCCUGCCCCUCCACCUUCUGUCAUUGCCUUUGCCCACCCAGCCCCUUCAGUUAUUGUACAUGGGGGCAGUAGCACAGGAAGUGGCAUGACUGGCACUACUGGAGCCCAGGCUGCCUCAGUGAUUGCCUACACAGCUCCACCAAGACCCCCCAAGAAACGUGAAUACCCACCCCCUCCUCCCCAGCCAGCAGUAGCAGUGGUCACAGCCACUCCAUCUACUCCAGCCACAACUACAACGGGAGCCACUGCAGAAGAGACCAAGGGUAGGAAUCUGCGGGCAGGGAAGACUCUGACAUAUACAGCCAAACCAGCUGGUAGUGGGGGAGUGGGCCCUUCUGGGGGGCUCAGCUGGGGAGGAGACUCUUCCCAACCCCAACCCCCCCCACCACUAUGCCAGAUCACAGUUCGAAUAGGUGAGGAGGCUAUUGUCACUCGAAGAAUUUCUGAGACUGACCUCCACCCUGGAGAAGCUAGUGGCCUGGAGGAAGGAGAUGACAGUGAAGAUGAGGAAGAGGAGGAGGAGGAGGAGGAAGAGGAGGAAGAGGAGACUGAGGCUGGGAGUGAGGACCAAUUGUGGCGUCCAUACUAUUCCUACAAACCUAAACGAAAGUUGGUUGGCACUGGUGGGGGGAGUAGUGGGACCAACAGCAAUAGUGGGACCCCCAAGUGCCGCCGUCCUCGAUGGAGAAGGAAACUUGAGAGACGAGCAUGGGAGGAGUCCAGAUCUACUGAGAGCCCCUCUGGACAGUCCAGCAGCGAGUGGAAACAUCAGUGUGGAGACUGUGGCAAAGCUUUCUCAGCCUUGAGGAAGCUGCGCAAACACCAGGAAGCCCAUAGUGGUGGGGGGACCCAGGGACCUCGGGCUGGCCGGAAGCCUCUGACACGCUUUGCCUGUUCCCACUGUUCAAAGGUGUGUAAGACAGCAGCUGCCCUGAGUCGCCAUGGGCAGAGGCACAUCGGGGAGCAACCAGGGGGUACCCCCACUCCUGUUAUUGCCUAUUCUAAGAGCAGUGGAGGAAGUGGGACUGGGUCAGGACUGGGAUUAGGUGACAGUGGAGUGAAGGAAGAGGCCCCCCAGGAAAUGCAAGUGUCAUCAUCCAGUGGUGAGGCUGGUGGGGGAGGAGGAGUUGGUGGGGGAGGCCCAGAAGCCGCCUCCCUCCAGGAUCCUGUUAUCUCAGGAGGUGAGGAACCCCCAGCAGUGGGAAGUGGGGACUAUCCUCCAGUGCAAGAGUUCCCCCUGGCCCUGGUUGAAGAUAAACAGGAGGUUUUGGGUGGUGGGGAGAAGGUUGGAGCCGAAGGAUUGGUUGGGGGUAGUGUGGAAGAGACUGCAGCUGCCAAAGUCACUUUCUACCCUGAGCCCUACCCUUUGGUAUAUGGUCCUCAACUCCUUGCUGCCUACCCUUACAACUUUAGUAAUUUGGCUGCACUCCCAGUUGCCCUCAACAUGGUCCUGCCUGAUGAGAAGGGUGGUGGUGCCCUACCCUUCCUGCCUGGGGUCUUCAGCUAUGCUGUGAACCCUCGGGUAGCACCCCCCACACCCCCUCUCCCUCAAUCGAUGCCUUCACCAGUCCCCCCUAAGGGGGAUGGGGGUGGGGAAGGAAUUGAGAGGGCCCAGAAAGGAGAUGUGGGGUGAACUCAAUAUUUGGUUAGCCCCUUCCACCAGAUGCCACCCUUGCAAGCUUUCUACCCAACCUCUUUCCUGCUGCUUCUGCCCCACUGCCCCCAGCCUGUCCUCUGACUCCCCUGGAGAUCUCAAGUAGUGUGAUAUAACUGCUAAUUUGAGAGGAACACAGGGAAGAGUCCUGAGAUCUCUUGGGUUGAGGCCAAUUUGGGGUUUAUAGCACCUUUCCUACUUUGUGGGAAGUGACAGUUGGUGGGUCUUGCCAUUUUGUUUUCUCUUCCCCAAAUCCCCCCUACUCCUUUCACCAUGAUCAACCCAGGGUGGUCCCUAAGAGAAAGGUAUCUUGCUGUAUCAAUGUAGUUACCUAGAUUCCCAGCCCCUGGAGCAACAUAGAUACAUGUGGGUGUAUGCACAUGCAUAUAUA